GUUCUGUAGAAGUCAUCCAGUUCCUGGGGAGCAUCAGCAGCCGCGGUUCCUCUGCUCCUCGCGGAAUAUACGCUCAGCCCUUUCUUUUCCUCCCUUUCUUUGUGUUUUGAUGGGCUUAGAAGCAAAAGGAUGUGAGUUAUGAAUCUUCUCAAAUUUGCUGACUUCUGUCUGACGCUGGGGCCAGCACAAUGCUUCUGCUGUUCGAAGAAAACCAGAGCGAAUCACCUAAGCGAGAGCUUUUUCAUGGUGAAAGGAGCAGCCCUCUUCUUGCAGCAAGGCAACAGUUCGCAGGGCCAGCGAAGCCUCCAGCAUCCUCACAAACAUGCAGGGGAUUUGCCCCAGCACCUCCAGGUGAUGAUCAACCUCCUUCGCUGUGAGGACAGAAUCAAGCUGGCUGUCCGUUUGGAAAGUGUGUGGACGGACAGAGUGCGGUACAUGGUGGUUGUGUACAGCAGCGGGCGGCAGGACACCGAGGAGAACAUUCUCUUGGGAGUGGAUUUCUCCAGCAAGGAGAGUAAGAGCUGCACUAUAGGCAUGGUCCUUCGCUUGUGGAGUGAUACCAAGAUCCACCUCGAUGGUGAUGGUGGCUUCAGCGUGAGCACCGCAGGCAGGAUGCACAUCUUCAAGCCGGUGUCGGUGCAAGCCAUGUGGUCUGCCUUACAGAUCCUGCACAAAGCCUGCGAAGUCGCACGCAGGUACAACUACUUCCCUGGAGGAAUGGCCUUGGUCUGGGCCACGUACUACGAGAGCUGCAUCAGCUCUGACCAGAGCUGCAUCAACGAGUGGAACGCCAUGCAGGACUUGGAGUCCACGCGCCCGGACUCUCCAGCCCUCUUUGUUGACAAGCCGACUGAAAGGGAGCGAACGGAACGGCUCAUUAAAGCCAAGCUCCGGAGCAUCAUGAUGAGCAAAGACCUAGAGAAUGUGACUUCCAAAGAGAUCCGAAACGAGCUGGAGAAACACAUGAAUUGCAACUUGAAAGAAUUCAAGGAAUUUAUAGACAAUGAGAUGCUGCUUAUCCUGGGUCAGAUGGACAAACCGUCUCUGAUCUUCGAUCAUUUAUAUCUGGGCUCCGAGUGGAACGCCUCCAACCUCGAGGAGCUGCAGGGCUCCGGCAUCGACUACAUUUUAAACGUGACCAGGGAGAUAGAUAAUUUUUUCCCUGGAUUAUUCGCCUAUCAUAACAUCCGAGUGUACGAUGAGGAGACCACGGACCUCCUGGCUCACUGGAACGAGGCGUAUCACUUCAUAAACAAGGCCAAGAAGAAUCACUCCAAGUGCCUGGUGCACUGCAAAAUGGGCGUGAGCCGCUCGGCAUCCACCGUUAUAGCGUACGCGAUGAAGGAGUUCGGCUGGUCCCUCGAGAAAGCCUAUAACUACGUGAAGCAGAAGCGCAGCAUCGCCAGGCCGAACGCGGGCUUCAUGAGGCAGCUCUUGGAGUAUGAAGGCAUUUUAGAUGCAAGCAAGCAGCGGCACAACAAGCUGUGGAAGCAGCAGGCGGAGAGCAACCUGCCGCCGAGCGCGGACGGCAGCGCCGUGCCGGGCGACAUCCUGCUCGAGAGCUUGGACAUGGACCUGGAGAACCGCCUGGCCGAGCUGGACACCCCCUCGCAGCCGGCCUUCCUGGACAACCGCGGCAGCGCGGAGCUGCCCCUGGCCUUCCCGUACUGCUUCCGGCGCCUCUCCGAUACUCUCCUGGAGAACAAGAUGCCCGGAGACAGGGAGGGGUUUUUCCAGGUGGAGGAGCUGGAGCGGGAUGCGGAGCGAACGGACUCGCUGGCGGGACAGCCUCUCUCUGCAUCUGCUGACGGGAGGGAGACGGCCAAAGCGCUCGAGACGGCGGAGCCUGCGACGGAGCUGAGCGGCUUCUGCGAGAAGGAAGUGAGGAAGAAACUGGAAUUCAGCCCUCGGAAGGGAAGGGGAGUGCCCGGCCCCAGGGACCCGGGCGAGGAUGGGGUCAGGGAGGAGCAUCCGAUGGAGAAGUGGAAGCGUCGCUUGUCCGUGCACAAGGAGGAGAGCAGGCUUAAUAGGGAGAACUUGAAUAACAACAACAGCAAAAGGAGUUGCCCGGAGGAUUUUGAGCACGACGCCGUGUUUGGGAUCCUCAGUAAGGUGAAGCCCUCCUACGACCCCUGCGCUGCCUGCAUGUACUCGUCGGCCGGGCUGCCCCCCGAGUCGCUCGGGGAGCCGUGCGAGAAGCGGAGCCCGGCGCGGCGCGGCGCCGCCGUCUGCACGCAGCCCCCGCUGCUGCCCCCCGCGCCGCCCGCCCUGCCGCAGCCCCUGCCCGCCAAGGAGGGCAGCAGGACUCAAAACAACGGGRUGCCAGCGGGAAUGGGCGCUCUGGAGGCCGCCGCUUGCAGAGCAGUGGCUGAUCCACACUGCAGUGUCUUGGAGAAAGGAAAAGAUGCCCCCAAAACCCCUGUCAAAACUCUGCUGGCCAGGAGCAACUCGCACUGUGACAGGAGCCCCGCUGUCACUGAGGCAAUGAAGGACGAGCCUCCAGGCAGGAGGGACAGCAAACCCACGAAGGACCUGAAGUACCUGUUGUUCAGUAAGGAGCUGGAGAAGCCAAGUGCAAACAGUUACUUGAUGCAGCAUCAGGAGUCUCUCAUCCAGCUGCAGAAGGCCGGCUUGGUUAGGAAGCACACCAAGGAGCUGGAGCGGCUGAAGAGCAUCGCGCCGGAGGCGGCGGCGAGCAGGGCCGACUCCGGCAUCGCCGAGGAGAGCGCGGAGCUGGGCCCGCCCGGCGCCCUGGUGCCGCUGCUGGCGCCCGUGCCGCUCAUCCCCGAGGACGCGGAGGUCGAGGAGGAGCGGGUGGAGGGCAGGCGCAUCGCGGAGGGCACGGCCCCCAAAACCUCCACGCCGGCCGCGUGCCGCAUGGAGCACCUGAGCAGCUUCACCAAGGACUUCCUCAAGACCAUCUGCUACACGCCGUCGUCGUCGCGCAGCUCCAACCUGACGCGCAGCUCCAGCAGCGACAGCAUCCACAGCGUGCGGGGCAAGCCGGGCCUCGUGAAGCAGCGCACGCAGGAGAUCGAGACGCGCCUGCGCCUCGCCGGCCUCACCGUGUCCUCCCCGCUGAAGAGGUCCCAUUCCCUCGCCAAGCUGGGCUGCCUUAACCUGUCCUCCGAGGACCUGUCGAGCGACGCGGACGCCUCCACCGUGACGGACUCCAAGGAGGCCGCCUCGAGCGAGUCGGCGGUGCUGUGCGACGGCGCCCACGUCGGCCCCGCGCUGCUCGCCACGGCGGCCGUGGGCACCUUGAAGAACCUGCUCUGGAUGGGCAAAAGUUGAUGCUGUCCCCGGGGGGAGGAGGGUGGUGCGGAUUUUUUUUCCUUUUCUCUUCUUUUUUUUUAAGGCAUUUCUUCAUUGCACCAGUGCAGUUUUGUCACCGGACUGGCCGGGGUUUGUCUGGCGCCGCCUCUUCCUCCCCUCUUUGUAUCCUGAGCAGGGAGAGAGAGAAAYGUGAUGGCUCGUGGUGAAGGGCACAAGGGAAAAUAAAAUGUGUUGCAUGGCUGGGAAGAGGACUGUGUGUGAGCUGCCUGUCGUCCUGCAGGACGCUACUCCUCGUACUGUUUGCCAAGCAUAAUAAUGUGGUUUUGUGUGUGCGCACAGACAGAUAGAUAUCUGUUUAUCUAUCUAUAUAAAAUGCUGAAAUACCCCGAAACUCUCAGCAAAAUAACUAGUCGUGACCUUUUUUUUGAUACUUUUUUUUUUCUUUUUUACACAAAGCAAACACAAGCCUGGAGUUACAGCAGGCGCUUGUGGAAAAAUCCUUAAAAU